AGGGCAGUGAUCUCUGUUCUCAUGACGAUGCAGCGAACUGCAGAGGCGGCACACCAAGCAACCCAGCGGCGCAUCUCGCAGAUGCUCCAGCAGGCAUAUGUGGACUUGAAACCGGGAACCAUGUUCAAGAGCAAGGAUGGCGUGUUACGUGCUUUGGCAGCCGUCGCUGUGUUCCAUGAGAUGAAUGCAGCCACCGUGUACGCUUCGGACACUUUCGCCAUUCGUGUCAUCUGCAGCAACGAGAAGAGGCGCCAGGAUGCGCUUAACAUGAACGCAAGUGACCCUUCCCCGCUUGGGUGUCUCUACUGCUGUACCAGCACGAUACAGCCUUGCGGAAGGUUUAGAGUGAAUCAGCUGGGCAUACAUACUUGCCGCAACAGCAAUCGGACAGUCACAUCCCAGACGCUUGCGCGCGUUGACCAGGCCAUCCUUGGUACUGGUCUCCAGAUGGUGCAGGUGGCACGAGAAAGUUUGGGCCGGUGUCUAUAAUGGUCGCGAUCACGCACUGGAUGGCACGGCGACGUUUGGAUGUGCUGGCGCAUGCCGAGACACACAGCUCUCCUCUCACAAGUUUUGCUGCCGAGGAGGUUGCUGCGAGCUGGGGCGCUGCUGCUGGACCGGCGGCUUUGGACAUUGAACACGGUCGAGUGCACGUCCACAGACCCAAUGUGCAACCCCACCAACCGACAGUGACUGUAGCUUGCUCGCUGCACUCCCCCCCUCACCACCUUCCAGCUUACCACCACUACUGCCAUCGCCUCCAGCUCUUCCGUUGUCAUCACCAUCCCCAUCAGCACCGUCACCAUCCCCAUCAGCACCUUGACCUCCGCCGUCACCACCGUCAUACCACGUGCUUGCUCGGCGCGCGCCGGUGCGGCACCGCAGGCACAGGUCACAAAAGCGGACGGUGGAUCCAAACUUCCCGCGCUGC